AUGAUGCGAGCCGACAACCCGGACGAGUCGCUCGGCGACGGUCCGCCGGCGCUCCAGCAGUUUGUCGCCCAAACCAACCGCCUCCAGCAGCGCUACCAGGCCUUCCUCGACAGCACCACCCCGCACACCGCCUACCGCUGGUCUGCCACCGUCGGCCUCCUCUUCCUCUUUGUCCUCCGCAUCGUCCUCAGCCAGGGAUGGUACAUUGUCUGCUAUGCCCUCUUCAUCUACCUCCUCAACCUCUUCCUCGCGUUCCUCACGCCCAAGUUCGACCCGUCGCUCGAGGCCGACCUGGCCGAGCAGGACGUCGAGGAGGGCGAGCCGGGCCUCCCCACCUCGGCAUCCGGGAAAUCCUACGGCGGCUCCAGCGGUAGCGCCGGCGGCGGCCUCAUGAGCGGCGUCUUUGGCAGCAGCAUCAACACCCAGUCGUCCGACGACGAGUUCCGCCCGUUUAUCCGGAGAUUGCCAGAGUUCAAGUUCUGGCUCUCGGCGACGCAGGCGAUCCUCAUCUCGCUCUUCUGCACCACGUCCGAGGCCUUCGACAUCCCCGUCUUCUGGCCCAUCCUCGUCAUGUACUUCUGCAUCCUCUUUGCCAUCACCAUGCGAAGGCAGAUCAAGCACAUGAUCCAGCACCGAUACGUGCCCUUUGACCUGGGCAGGAAGGCGACAUACGGACGCAAGUGA